AGCCCACCGUAUCCGGGUGCUCUGGGCCACCAAGAUGGCGCUGGCUGUGGGAGCCCGGGUAUCCGCUGCGGCCAGAGCCGGACCCGGGAGCCCGGCUCUGAGUAUAGAGUAACACUGUGCUGGCCGCGGGGCUGCUCCCGAGCGUUCGCAGUUCCCCGGACCUCGGGGACACCUGCGUCCUUCCUCUCCGGCGGGUCCAUGAACUCCGUGUCGCCGGCUGCGGCGCAGUACCGCAGCGGGAGCUCGGAGGACGCGCGCCGGGCCGAUUGUCGCCGGCCGAGGGGACAAACCCGUAUCCCGGAUCCUAGCAACCUGGGACCUUCGGGGUCCGGAGUGGCAGCUCUCGGUUCAUCUGGGACAGACCCCGCCGAGCCCGACGAGGUGGACAAGUUCAAAGCCAAGUUCCUGACAGCCUGGAACAACGUCAAGUAUGGUUGGGCAGUUAAAAGCCGGACCAGCUUCAGCAAGAUCUCCACUGUUCACCUCUGCGGGCGAUGCUACCAUUUCGAGGGAGAGGGUGACAUCCAGCGGUUUCAAAGGGACUUUGUAUCUCGACUAUGGCUCACAUAUCGCCGGGACUUCCCACCCCUUGCUGGAGGCAGCCUGACCUCAGACUGUGGCUGGGGAUGUAUGUUACGAAGUGGUCAGAUGAUGCUGGCCCAGGGCCUGCUCCUGCAUUUUCUGCCUAGAGACUGGAGGUGGGUGGAAGGCACAGGCCUGGCUUCCUCUGAGAUGCCAGGGCCAGCCUCUCCCAGUCGCUGCCGAGGGCCUGGUCGUCGUGGGCCCCCAAGAUGGACACAGGGUGCACUGGAGAUGGAGCAGGACCGUUGGCACCGGCGGAUUGUUUCCUGGUUCGCUGAUCAUCCACGGGCCCCCUUCGGUCUACAUCGGCUAGUGGAGCUUGGGCGGAGCUCGGGCAAGAAGGCAGGAGACUGGUACGGGCCCUCUGUGGUGGCACACAUCCUCAGGAAAGCUGUGGAGAGUUGCUCAGAAGUCAGCCGCCUGGUGGUGUACGUCUCUCAGGACUGCACAGUGUACAAGGCAGAUGUAGCACGCCUGCUGUCCUGGCCAGAUCCUACAGCGGAGUGGAAAUCUGUGGUCAUCCUGGUGCCUGUACGACUGGGCGGGGAGACCCUUAACCCUGUGUACGUGCCCUGUGUGAAGGAGCUUCUGCGUUCAGAACUCUGUCUGGGCAUCAUGGGCGGCAAGCCCCGGCAUUCACUGUACUUCAUUGGCUAUCAGGAUGACUUUCUGCUCUACCUGGAUCCUCACUACUGCCAGCCCACAGUGGAUGUCAGCCAGCCCAGCUUCCCCCUGGAGUCCUUUCACUGCACCUCGCCCCGCAAGAUGGCCUUUGCCAAGAUGGACCCCAGCUGUACCGUGGGGUUCUAUGCUGGGAACAGGAAGGAGUUUGAGACACUCUGCUCGGAGCUGAUGAGGAUCCUCAGCUCCUCCUCAGUCACGGAACGGUACCCCAUGUUCACAGUGGCUGAAGGCCACGCUCAGGACCACAGCCUGGAUGCCCUCUGCACCCAGCUGUCCCAGCCCACACUGCGGCUACCUUGCACAGGACGACUACUCAAGGCCAAAAGGCCCAGCUCCGAGGACUUUGUGUUUUUAUAAUGGGAAGGGAUGGGGAAAGAUGCCAGACUAUUUAUUUUUUUAUUUAUGUCAUGUCAGGUAUGGGAUCUGCAACUCCAGUGGUGGUGCUGGACCCCUGUCCUCAUGUCCCCGUCCUCCCCAACACAGCUGAGACCUAUCUGGGCCCCCAGCUGCCCCUGCCUCCUCAGGAGCCAGGGAAGGAGAGUGGGCUCCAGGGCACUCACUCAGGGCCUAAUUCAAGUUCUGUAGCCUGCAUUGGGUCACUGGUCCCAAGGUCCCAAAGGUCCUGUCCUGGGAGAACUGACUGUGGCUGAUAAAGAUGCAGACUUGAACAUGCCUGGCGUUGUUGACAUUUCAGGCUGUCUGUGGAGAAGACAGUGCUCUGGUAGCCUCAUUUCAAAGCUUAGGAACAGCAGUGCCCUCUCCUGCAGGUAGCUUUCGUAGGCUGCCAGGCAGAGUUUGGUCAGCAGCUUAGUUGUAGAGGCAGGUUGGCUCCCUGUGGCCCUCAGGAGUGGCUCUGCUGUUUCUUCCGUUGGCGGCCUAACUGGCGGAAGUGCAGCCUUUUGGGGUUGAGACCAAAGGCCUGCAAUCUCUGUCUGCUGAACUUGUGACCUCCAAGUGUCACCGUGGGACCCAGCAGCCUGGCCUUCUUGCUCUUCUGCUUCUGGGAUGCUGGCUUCUCUGGGCAGGAUGUGUGGGCCAACCCCUCUUCCUUGGAUACUAAGGUCUCAGCCUGGGGUGUCUUCUGGUCAGCUCCAUUGGGUGUGAACAACUGUACUUGUGGGCUGGCCUUGCUCUGUGACUUUCCUGUGGCUUCUGUGGACAUUUCCAUCCUACAGGGAGAAAAGUCAAGGCUUAGGUCAGCCUGCUGUUCUGUUCAGAAAGGAUUUCCCCCACUCUGCCCUUUUUGUUUGAGAAGGGGGUUCAUGACUGGCCUUAAACUCUAUGUACCCAAGAUGACCUGUAACUAUUUUUAAAGCAGGAUGGAGUGAUACAGCCUCACUAUGUAGCUCUGGCUGUGCCGGAACUCACUGUAAGACCACACUGGCCUUGAACUCAGAGCUCUUCAGGGGUUUUUAUACAGUGCUAACAUAGAGCCCAGGCCAUUAGACAUGCCACGGAAGCACUCUGCCCACUCAGCCAAAACCCUGGUCUUGUUGUCUCACUACAGAACCCAGAUGGCCUCAGCUUCCUGAGAUAACUUUCAUAAAUAGGACAACUACAGAUUAGUUGGACCAGCGGAAGCCAUUUAUGUCAGUCAACUCCUUGUGCCUUUAGUGCAGCUGCCAUGUCUGUCACAACUGAGGGUCUAGGUCCUAGACUCUAGGGGAUGAUGGUAACAACUGUCCUUGUAACAAGCCUAUAAGGUACUUGUAAGAAUUUAUUUUGUUCAGGCUUGGGAUAAAACUCAGGAUUUUAAUC